AUGGAUCGCCACUCCAGCUACAUCUUCAUCUGGCUGCAGCUUGAACUCUGCGCCAUGGCGGUACUGCUCACCAAAGGUGAAAUCAGAUGUUACUGUGAUGCAGCCCACUGCGUGGCUACUGGUUAUAUGUGUAAAUCUGAGCUGAGCGCCUGCUUCUCCAGACUUCUGGAUCCUCAGAACACUAAUUCCCCGCUCACCCAUGGCUGCCUGGACUCCCUAGCCAGCACAGCGGACAUCUGCCAAGCCAGACAGGCUCGCAACCACUCCGGCAGCCCCUCGCCCUCCUUGGAGUGCUGUCACGAAGACAUGUGCAACUACAGGGGGCUGCAGGACGUCCUCACCCCGCCCAAGGGCGAGGCCUCAGGACAAGGGAACAGGCAUCAGCACGAUGGUAGCAGAAACCUCAUCACCAAAGUGCAGGAGCUGACGUCCUCCAAAGAGCUGUGGUUCCGGGCGGCGGUGAUCGCAGUUCCCAUCGCCGGUGGGCUGAUCCUGGUGUUGCUAAUUAUGCUGGCCCUGAGGAUGCUGCGGAGCGAGAACAGGAGGCUGCAGGAGCAGCGGCAGCAAAUGCUCUCGCGUUUGCACUACAGCUUCCAUGGGCAGCACUCCAAGAAGGGGCAGGUGGCGAAGCUGGACUUGGAAUGCAUGGUGCCCGUGAGCGGCCACGAGAACUGCUGUCUGACCUGCGACAAGAUGAGACAGGCCGACCUCAGCCACGACCGCAUCCUGUCGCUCGUGCACUGGGGCAUGUACAGCGGUCACGGGAAGCUGGAGUUCGUAUGA